CUUCUUCUUCAAUCUUUGAUAUCGGUUGGAAGAACAAAUCUGUAUCUGUCUAAACAGAGAGGGUUUAAGCUUCUCUGUUUGGAGCUGUGGGAUAUCGAUUAGAAGAACGAAUCAGUACCUGUUUAAGUAGAGAGGGUUCAAGCUUCUCAGUUUGGAGCUGCCCGACAAUUAGUAGGUGUUGGAGUAUUUUUGCCCCCGGCUGAGAAUCCGAAAGAGAGGGAGAGAAAGCAGAGCAGGUGCGGGAAAAUGGUGCUAGGGGAUGAACGUCUGGGUUACAAGAUAAUAGUGGGGGAGAACAGGAUAGACAUAAAGGUAUGUUUCGACGACAAGGUGUACAACGCCUCGAAAUGGACGCCCGACCCGAUUGUCACGACGAUCCCGACCCUAUUCACUGAGACGAUCACCCAAGUUGCCAUCAGCAGCAUUCUUUUCCUGCUUCUCAAGCCCUUGAACCAGCCCCGCGUUGUUUCGGAAAUGCUUGCGGGCAUUUUGGUAGGUCCAUCCUUCCUAGGGUUGUACCCAGAAUUAUCCAGUAAAUUCUUCCCUGUAAUUAGCGCGACCAUGCUGGAGAAUGUCACGUCUUUCGGCAUCAUUUACUAUAUGUUCCUGGUGGGGCUGGAGAUGAACCUCACCCCGAUGUUGAAAAUCGACAAAAAGACCAUGAUGAACGCCAUGAUGGGGAUGAUUCUUCCCCUCGCCGUGGGGUUGGGGUCAUACUUCCUCAUAAUUCCUCCACUGGAGCCGGGCCAGGCCGUGCUUCCCAAGCUGAGGAGUGCAUUUGUUUGGGCCAUAGCACUCUCCGCCACGAACCUGCCGGACCUGACCGGGAUCCUCGCCGACCUCAAGCUCAUGAGGACCAACAUUGGCCGAACUGCAGUAGCUUCGUCCUACGUGACUGACAUUACGACGUGGUUCUUCCUCGCGAUACUGAUCUCGAUCUCUUCACAGGGACAUGUCCUAAGGAUGGGCAUCUCCACGCUAAUCCUCGUAUUGUUUUCCGCAUUCCUGGCACGACCGAUGCUCUCAUGGAUCAUCGCCAAGACCUCAAAGGGGCAGGACUACAAGGAGACCCAUGUGCAGUACGUCCUGUUUGGGGUCCUUAUCUCGGCUUUCAUCACGGAUGCAUUGGGCUUGGGCUCAAUCAUGGGGGCAUUUUUGUUCGGGUUCAGCCUCCCCAGUGGACAGCUCGCGAGCUUAAUCACAGAGAGAAUCGGCAAGGUCAUGUCAUGGGUCAUGGUACCUCUCUAUUGCUUGGUAAAUGGGACCAAGAGCAACGUGCCGACGAUGAUUCCAAAGGGGCGGUCCAUCAAGCAUGUCAUCCUGUUCAUGGCCUUUGCGUGGGCUGCCAAGGUUGUCAGCAUCUUCUUCGUCUGUUUAAAGCCCAACAUGAGAAGGCCACGGGAAGUUUUCAGUCUUGGUGUGCUCAUGAACUCCAAGGGCAUACUCGCCCUGAUCGCGAUCAAUGUCGGAAGGGAUCUGCACCUUGUGGACAUGGAAGCGUCGACGGUGAUGGUGGUGACAAUUCUCGUGAUGAUGAUGUCCGUUCCGCCGAUCAUCAAAUACGUUUACAGGCCCCAAGGGCUCAUGAUGCGCCACAAAAUAAGGACUAUCCAGAGCACUGGUUCGGAAUCCACCUUCCGAAUCCUCACCUGCAUACAUUCAAAGCAUGAAGUACAAGGAAUCACGAGUCUCCUUCAAAUGUCGAACCCCACCGCCUUGUCCAAGAUCUCUGCCAUCGGGGUCCACCUGGUGGAGCUAACCGACCAUUCCUCUGCUGCGAUGUUGAUCAUGCACGACACAUGCCGGACCAAGGGCAAUCAUCAACAGAGUACAGAAGCCAAAUCGAACCCUGUUAUUGAGGCCAUGGAAGAAUUCGGUAGGGAGAACAAUGGAUUUAUCUCGGUUGAGUGCAUGACUGCCAUAUCUCGCUACACAACCAUGCACGUAGAUGUAUGCAACAUAGCAGAGGAUAAGCGGGCUGCCUUCAUAAUCCUUCCGUUCCAUGAGCAGGGGAAUGGUAAGGAUGAACCAGAGGACAUCGACACUCAUUCCAUCAGGAACAUGAACAUGCAAGUGCUGUCGAAUGCGCCAUGCACUGUAGGGCUAUUGGUCGAUUAUGGUCUUGGCAAGCUGAAUAACGGAAUGAACUCCAUCAUUAUGCUUUUUAUUGGGGGACCCGAUGAUCGGGAGGCUCUGACAUAUGCAUGGAGGAUGGUAUGGGGGCCUAACAUCCACCUCACUGUUGUGCGAUUCUUACCAGGGGACGGAGCAGUGGAUCCCAUCCCAUUGGACAAUCCAGACGAGAGCGAAGGGAUCUUGAACCUGCUAGAAAGCAACGAGAGGCAGAAGGAGCUAGACAAUGAGUUUAUCCAUGAGUUCAAGCACAAGAUGGCGGACAAUAAGUCGGUGAGAUACUUGGAGGAGGUGGCGAACAGCGGGGACGAAACACUUGCAACCCUAAGGAAUGUUAUGGAGAAGAACGAUUACAACCUCUGCAUUGUCGGGAAAGGUAAUAAGCGGAUCACCGCGGUCGAGUCUGGGUUAUCGGACUUGAUCGAGUACCAAGAGCUUGGAGCCAUAGGAGAUGCAAUGGUGACAUCUGAAUUCUCAAAAACCACAUCAGUUCUAGUAAUACAACACUACAAUACCACUCAGCAAAAAUUGAAAGCAAGGGGAGGCAAUCGUGUAUUAGAAAGUCGCGUAUUAGGUAGCCGUGUAUUCUAGUUCUUGGACGAUGGAGGCACUUCUGUUUCUCCUUUUAUUUGCAUCCCGCAGUCACGGAACUACACCAUCUUAGAUGCACCUAAGACCCGAUCCUCGUGGUUAGCAGCAUUGUUCGAGAAAAUAUAUAGGUUUCAGGUUCCACUGCAGAUGAAAUGUUACCAAGGAAAUAUGAGUGCAGGAUUGUCUUGGAAAUUCUUCCUUCCAUGAGUCCAUCAA